CCGGGGUCACGUGACGGGGCGGGCCUGGGCAGGACUCCAUCUCCCAGCGUGCUCAGCGGCGGAGCGGAGCAGGAGCGGCGCUCGGCCCACCCCUCCGGAUGCGGGGUCCCCUCCUGGCGGCUGCUGGCCGGGGGCUGUGGGCCAUGGGGGACGGCCCUCUGGCCCGCACCAUCCGUACCAAGCUGGAUGCAGCCCUGCAGCCCACCCAUCUCCAGGUCCUGGAUGAAAGUUCCCGCCAUGGUGGCCCCCCCGGUGCUGAAACCCAUUUUGCCGUGGUGGUGGUGAGCGGGCGUUUCGCCGGGUUGCCCCCGCUGCAGCGGCAUCGCCUGAUCCAUGCCACCCUUCGCGCCGAACUGGCCGGACCCCUGCACGCUCUCGCCAUCGUCGCCAAGACCCCCCAGCAAUGGGAAAGUGACCCCCAUGUCCCCCCCCGGCCCCCGUGUUUGGGGGGCUCCAAGCACGAGCGCCACGGCAAUGCGGCUGGUGGGGACAGGGAGUCACCCAGGAAUCAGUGACAGCAGCGCCAGGUGUCGUGUGUGU